UCGGCUGCGCAAUCCCGUUUUUUUGCUUUUCCUUCGUUCUUGUUACGCAAAAGCCAAACUUAGUAAGCAAACUAUUUAGGAGAAAGCGCUUCGUGUAUCAGAUUUCGCACGUUACCCUCGACAUAGUGUAGAUUUCAGUGACACACGAUGAUCUAUUUACGUCAAAAAGACGUUGUUUUGGUAUCGGUCACCAUAUUUUGACACCUAAAAAAUUGACAGUACUGAGAUAAAUGAGUUUGGUAGCGAAAAAACGCGGUGAAUCGGUCAAGGUCGCUGUCCGAGUGCGGCCCUUCAAUCAAAGAGAAAAGGACAGGGGCGCAAAAUGUGUCAUCGAAAUGAAAGGACCAACUACUUACAUACAAAACCCUGAAACUCCAAAUGAAGACCCAAAAAUGUUCGGAUUUGACUAUUCUUAUUGGUCACAUGACGGAUUUGCAGACGAGGACGGCGUUCUGGUCGCUAAAAAUGACAAAUACGCAACACAAAGAAAAGUUUUUGACAACCUUGGUCAAGGAGUGUUGGACAAUGCUUUCGAAGGUUACAACUGCUCCCUGUUUGCGUACGGCCAGACAGGAUCCGGUAAAUCAUUUUCCAUGGUCGGUUACGGGAAAAACAGGGGUAUCGUGCCGAUCACAUGCGAUGAGCUUUUCCAAGCAAUUAACAAAAGUUCGGAUGGCACGAAAUUUGAAGUUACAUUCUCCAUGUUGGAAAUCUACAAUGAACAAGUUCGUGACUUGCUGACAAAGGACAAUCCUAAGGGAGGUCUUAACGUUCGACAAAACCCAAAACUUGGGUUAUUUUACGUUGAAAAGUUAAAGAAAGUUGCCGUUGGGAGUUAUAAUGAGAUUGAACGCAGAAUGGAAGAAGGUACUGCUAACAGAACAGUAGCCUCCACACAAAUGAAUGCUACCAGCUCACGUGCUCACACAGUUGUAACCAUUACUUUUGACCAAAUCAUGAAGAAUGAAGCCGGUCAAGAAACAAAGAAGAGCUCAAGCAUAAACCUUGUGGAUCUGGCUGGUUCGGAAAGAGCUGACAGCACAGGAGCCACAGGCGAUCGAUUGAAAGAGGGGGCCAAUAUCAACAGGUCUCUGUCUGCCCUUGGAAACGUCAUUUCUGCAUUGGCUGAUUUAUCUCUUGGCAAGAAAAAGAUAGUUGUCCCAUACAGAGACUCAGUGCUCACUAAACUCCUCAUGAGUGCUCUGGGUGGAAACUCGAAGACGAUCAUGAUUGCUGCUCUUUCACCUGCUGAUAUCAAUUAUGAUGAAACACUUUCAACUUUAAGAUAUGCUGAUCGUGCAAAAAAGAUUAAGAACAAAGCUGUGGUGAACGAGAAUCCCAUUGAUAAAUUGAUCCGAGAGCUGAGAGAGGAAAAUGAGAGGUUGAAGAAGGCAGCAGGAGGAGUUCUUCCAAUGCAGUCUCAAGCUGGGAUGAGUCCAGAAGAAAUUGAAGAGAUGAGGAGAAAAAUGCAGGAGGAGAUCCGAGCUCAGUUGCUUGAAAAUCAGGAACAAAUGAAGGAUCUCGACUGGGAUGCAAAACUAGCAGAGUCGAGAAAAGAGGAUGCUCAAUUGAGUAAGGAUCAUGGUCCAGCUAAGAUGACAGUUCCUCACUUUGUAAACUUGAAUGAGGACCCCAUGCUCUCGGGAGUCAUCAAGCAUCCACUGGUGGAAGGAAAAGAGACUUUGAUUGGAAGAAAAGAUGCAGAAAUCACUCCCCACAUUAUUUUGACUGGCUUAAGCAUACAAAAGCAGCACGCCUCUAUCAUGUUUGAUAACGAAGAGAUCGUGAUCAAACCAGCGAGCAAUGGAGCAAGAAUCAAGGUCAAUGGAGCUCCUUUAACAGGAGAGAGGAAACUGGAACAUCAUGACAGGGUUUUGCUUGGUUCCAAUCAUCUUUAUGUAUUCAUCAACCCUCUCAAGCCUGAUCUACCAGAAGGAACACCUGAGUCUAUUGACUGGGACUUUGCACAGAAGGAAUUGGCUGAACAGAGUGGAUUUUCAACACAAAAUUCUGGCAUGUCAAAAGACCAGCAACGAGCACAAGAGCAAGUGCUUGAGCUUCUCCCCAUGGUGAGUGAAGUUAACGCAGUAUCAGAGGAACUAAACAAGUAUCGACAUUUCGAACUGGUUCUCAUAUCUGGAGGUUACCAGGAGGAUAAAGACAAAGGAACCAAAGUGAUGGUGCAAGUUAAGAAUUUGUUGAACAACAACAUCUGGAUGUGGGAACGAGGAAAGUUCAUGAACCGUCGUUAUAUUAUUCAGGAACUCUACCAGCAAUAUAUUGAUGGAGACGACAGUUACAAGAACAUAGAGCAAGACAAAGAUCCGUUCUUUGAUCCUCCGGAAGAUGUGAUGUUGGGAACAGCCAACGUCUUCCUCCAAUCUCUCUCUUAUGCUCUUGACUUUGACGACAAACUUGCGAUAACUGACUAUAAGGGCCAAGAAGAAGGAAUGUUGACAGUAGCUGUCACUCCUUGUCUUCCUAAUGGAAGAUCCUUGGAUGAGGAAAGCUUCAUUGAAGAUCCAUCAGAUUUACUGGGGAAGCCAUACCACUUCAAGAUCACCAUCAGGAAUUGUGAAAUUAACAAUUCACGAUACAGCAAGGGUGUGUAUGUGAGACAUAAAACACUGGGUGAUAAGGACCCAAUAAAAACCAAGGUUGUUGAGGAUACCUUGUCGCCAGAGUUUAAUUACAGUCGUAUUAUUACAAUUCCAUCUGUGAACCAAGAACAUCUUGACUACUUUGAAUCUCAGUCCAUAACUUUCUUUGUUCAUGGAUGUCAAGUUGACACACCACCGGUGGCUAGCGUCAAGAAACUGACCACAAAGGAAUUAAGAGAGAUGGACGGACAGAUGACAGCUCCAAUGUUACGACGCAGAAACACACUGGUGGCUUCUAACAUGGCAGUUGACUCGCAACUUAAAUCAGAGAUCCACACUUUACAAAGGAAGUAUGAUCGUCUUGAGAAGAAAGAAAAGCGAAUUCAGGAAUUAUGUCGUCAAUGGUCAGAUAAAUCCCCAGAAGAACAAGACUUUGAAAAGUUCAUGAAUUCCAUUAAAGCUGUAGCUUUCAGUUCAGGAAAUAAACUCAAAAGCAGAGUCCAGCUUGUAAACCAUAGAGACUCGGACGCGUUCAGCGUCUACAGCUUUGAGGUGACGCCGGAAAUGAAGUUCAUAUCCGGGCUCUCCGAGGACCCGAUCCAAGAGGAGGAAGAGGUCUCGAACGAGUCCGGGAGCAGAAGGGGGUCCUCACCGAAGAAGGAUCACGACACGACAUCGAAAGAUGCAAAGCAGUCCAACGGCUCCCCGAAAAGGAAGUCGCAGAGCGAUAAAGACUCGCCGCAAAAGCAUUCGAACGGGAAAGAAAAAGUAAGAGCGAUGGGCGGUGUCGUAAUCACAAACACCAUGGCUACCCGAGCAACGUCACAAUCAUCAUUGUUACAUCACACCUGCAGUUUGCUCACGUACGCUUCGGUGUGGACAUGGUGUUGGUUUCAUUUGCAAUCAACAAAAAUGCCUCCCAAAUUUCGACCGGUGUUUUGUUUCUUGCAAGCAUGUCUUUGUCACCACAGCAUCAUUGUCGUUUUCCAAAGCAUGAUUCAUCAUACAUUGCAUGACCCUUCAUAUACUUUUGCUUACAUAUCUUUAAUACUCUAGCGGUCACCCAAAACAACAGCAAACUCAAGCAAACCUUUAAUUAUUUAUUCCUAAUGCACUUUCCGGUCGACUUAUCUGUCCAUCUGCAACGCCUUCUAUACAUAAUUACCUCAGCCUUGGUUUUACGAAUUUACGCAAUGAAGCAAUUUCGGUACCAUAAUAUGUUUGUCUCUAAAACAGAACAACAGUUCUGAGUAAUUGUUUGUUUUGCAAUUUCAAGAUAAAUCGUUUCUAUUUUAUGAAAAAAUGUCUAUUUCAAUUUUUUUGUUUUAAUUUGAAAAAUUGUCUAAAUUAUUGUAAUUGUCUAUUUAACGACGUACAAGAUAAAUCGUUCCGUCGUGAUUUUUUACAUCGGUUUCGGUCGUUAAUUUUUAUUAAGCAUAGUUUGGUAUAUACGUAAUGGUAAUACACAAAGCACUGUACAUAUAGUUUAGCAUGCUAUCAGUAUUAUUCCAAUUUACGCGUCACAUUAACCUUGAAAUUACGGCAGCGAAAUGCAGUAAGUCACACACAAGUUAUAUACCACACCACAAUGCACGCAACCAUAUCUCACAAUGAUGCUGUGUGGCCUUGACACCGCCAUUCACUCUUUACUUCUUAUACGCGCUGUCUGGAAUACAUAUACACGCCCCUUUUAUGCCACCCAAGCUCCCCUGGCAAUAUUACUGCCUAAUUUACUUUCACCUAAUAUCGUAAAGUAGCAUCUCAUUUAGCUGUUUGUUCUUGCAUGCUUAUAUGUCAUAUUAUGUGUUGUAAUUUUGUGAAUACUAACUUAUAGAGUACAAUAUUUAUAGUAGUGUGGGGGGAGAUGGGACAUCUUUAGCACAUUAUAUCCAAA